AUAGAAAAAUAUAUUCAUCAUAGAAGAAACUUUGUCUUCUCCAAUGGCUUUCUCCUUCUCCAGUGACUUGUAUUGAAGAUUUGAAGUUCAACCACGUUCCAGUCAACUGGAUCGAGUACCUGAAGUUCUCCUGUCUUCAAAUUGUUGGAAAUGAACGUCAUUUGCAGUAGCAGAAUCAAUUUAGUCCCGUUCUUCUACUGUUGUUCUCUGUGAAACUCUCUGUAUAUUGAAUUUGAGAGAAUAUGCAAGGAUUUCCGAGGUAUUUAUUGGAUGGAUCUGGAGUUUACAGGCGCUUCAAAGAUACGAUUUCAUUUCCUCUGUUGAGGACGAAAUCGCCGUCUCGAUCUUCUUUACUCUUCAUACUCUUCCUCCUCUUUUUCCUCGGCACGUUCAUCGCUACACGGCUUCUCGACUCUGCCGUCCCUUCAAUUGCUGGUAAUGCACAUUCAAAUACAAUACUAGCAGUGACGCCUAUCCAGACUAAUUUGGAGAAGAAACGUGUUCCUCAAAGAAUUGAAAUCCCACUGAACUGUUCAUCUGCUAAUAAUACCAAUGCUAAUCAAAGGCUCACCUGCCCAGCGUCUUACUAUCCGAGCCCUGGAACGUUUGUUCCAGAAGGGGAUGAUCAGGCUGGGUCAAUCCCGGAAGGCUGUCCUGAUUACUUCCGUUGGAUCCACGAGGAUCUAAGGCCAUGGAAGGAGACAGGCAUCAGUAAAGAAAUGGUAGAAAGGGCUCGCCGGACUGCAAAUUUCAGGCUGGUGAUAGUUAAUGGAAGGGCUUAUGUUGAGACAUUUGAAAAGUCGUUUCAAACUAGGGAUACCUUUACACUUUGGGGAAUCUUGCAACUUUUAAGGAAGUACCCAGGGAAAUUGCCUGAUUUGGACUUGAUGUUUGAUUGUGUUGAUUGGCCUGUUGUGAUUGCGAAACAUUUUCGAGGGCCUAACUCGACUGCCCCUCCACCAUUGUUCCGGUAUUGUGCCGAUGAUGCUACACUGGACAUUGUCUUCCCUGAUUGGUCCUUCUGGGGGUGGCCAGAGGUGAAUAUAAGGCCAUGGGAGAGACUGUUGGAAGAGCUGAAAGAAGGAAACAAGCGGAAAAGAUGGAUGGAGCGAGAUCCCUAUGCUUUCUGGAAGGGGAAUCCUAACGUAGCUGAAACCAGGAUGGAUCUUCUUAAGUGUAAUGUCUCUGAAAAUCAAGAUUGGGGCGCUCGCAUUUAUGCUCAGAACUGGAUUGAAGAAUCACGUCAUGACUUUAACCAGUCAAGCUUGGGAGGCCAAUGUUUACACAGGUACAAAAUCUAUAUUGAAGGCUCCGCAUGGUCUGUGAGUGAGAAGUACAUUCUUGCUUGUGAUUCAGUUACUUUGCUGGUAAAGCCACGUUACUACGACUUCUUCACAAGAAACUUAAUGCCAGUACAUCACUAUUGGCCCGUUAAAGAGAACGACAAAUGCAAGUCUAUUAAGUUUGCAGUUGAAUGGGGUAACAGCCACAAACAGAAGGCCCAAGCUAUAGGUAAAGAAGCAUCGGAUUUCAUUCAAGAGGACCUUAAGAUGGAUUUAGUAUACGAUUACAUGUUCCAUCUAUUGAACGAAUACGCGAAGCUCUUAAAAUACAAGCCCACCAUACCCGAUAAAGCGGUUGAACUAUGUUCAGAAACAAUGGCUUGUUCUGCAGAAGGACGGGAGAAGAAGUUUAUGAUGGAGUCCUUGGUGAAAGGUUUUGACCCCAAUGCACGACCAUGCACCAUGCCUCCGCCGUAUGAUCGACUUGCUUUGAGUAAGUUAAAGAGAAGACAAUCAAAUUCAAUUAAACAGGUAGAUUUAUGGGAGAAGAAGUAUUGGGAUAAAUCAAAAUAAGAAAUCUUGAAUAUGAUAAUAGAAUUGAAUUUACUUUGCUAUAAAGACUUCAAUUUUGGAAAUUAACAAGCAAUAGAAUGGAAACAAAUAUAUUUAUGUAUAGAAAGAAAUAUCAGAUUACACUAAGUAGUUUCAGUUA